AUGAGCGAUAUUAUUGAAAAUGAUUUAACACUAUCACCAAUAUCCCCAGUCUCUCCACAAUCGAGUAGACACGAUAAUAGUCAUGUGGGAACGGUGAUCAUUCGUGGAGUUCCCAUUGUGAGUCUUAUUAAUGAAGGAAACGAACGUCUUUGUUUAGCGCAAAUAUCAAAUGAUUUAUUAAAAAGUUAUAGUUAUAAUGAAAUACAUAAUCGACGAGUUGCAUUGGGUAUCACGUGUGUUCAAUGUACACCCGUUCAACUUGAGUUAUUACGACGUGCAGGUGCAAUGCCCAGUUCAUCAAGACGAUGUGGAAUGAUAACGCGACGAGAAGCCGAACGUUUAGUGAAUUCAUUUUUGGAAAAGACAAAACAAUUAUCAUUGCCCGACAAUUUUGUUUUCGAAGUUUAUCAUCAAUGUGGUUGGGGUAGUCGUGGAUUAUUUAUACCAAUUCGAUACAAUAGUUCACGCGCAAAAUGUAUCAGAUGUUCAUUUUGCGAUAGUUUUUUUUCGCCAAAUAAAUUUAUUUUUCAUUCACAUCGUUUACCAAAUUUGACUUAUAUUCAACCAGAUUCACCCAAUUUUAAUGCUUGGCGUCGACAUUUAAAAUUACAUAAUCCGUCCAACAGUGAAGAAUUGCAUGAUGCAUGGGAAGAUGUCAAAGCAAUGUUUAAUGGUGGAAAUCGAAAACGAACAUCAUCAUUAGCCAGCAAUUCAACGCACGAUAAUAGAUCAUAUCAAGCAAAUUCAGAUAAUACAGCAAUUUCCAAAGCUGAUGAUGAUGAAGAAUUAAUUGUACCCUCAAAACGUUUGUCAACAAAAUUAUCAACAAAAGAAAAACGUAUUCACAAUGAAUUAACCGUAUCAUCGACAACUACCGAUGAUUACUCGGAAAAACGCCUUGAAUUACCACCACCACCAUCACUACCACCUCCACCUGACAUGUCUCUUCUGUUAGCAUCCUCUCGGAUACAUUCGGAUCCAUUUCGUCAAUUUUAUUCAUUGCCAUUUGAAAAUUCUACUUCGAGUUCGUUACUUCAUUCUCAUGACAUACAAAAUUGGUGGCGAUUUCUCAAAACACCUUUUUUUACAUCGGCUCUGAUUCCCUCAUCGCAUCAAGCCACCUUUCGUUUACCGUUACCCACAAAACGAUCAUAUGAAGAUUUACGAUCCACAACACAAAUUGGUGGUGGCUUAAAUUCUGCAUUCAAACCUCUUCUUGAUUUAAAACAAACAGAAAAAAUGCAGAAAGAGACAAAUGUAAAAUAUUAA